UCUCCUCGGCGGGGACCCGCGCGCACCGCCGCUCCCGGCGCCCUCCCCGCACACAAAGGCUCGGCGGCCCGGCGGCCCGCGACGACCCGGCCCGCGCCCCUCGCCGCCCCGCGCCCGCCCCGCAGCCCCGGGACAUGGAUCCGCGCCCGCGCGGCGCCCGCGCGCCGGGGCCGCUGCCUGCCCCCCUGGAUCUAUAGUGCGCGGCGCGCCCGGCACCCUGGAGCCGCCCGGGAGCCGCCGUCGGUCCCCGCUGCGUCCGGCGCGGCGCCCCCGCCCCGCGCCCUGAGAAGCCCCCGCUGGAGCGAGUCGGAGCUGCAGCCGCCGCCGCCGCCGCGUCCGCCCGCCCGCCCGGAGGAUCGGGGCCCCCCGGCCCGCGCCCCGUCCCCUGUGCCGCCGGGAGCGCGCGGAGCCUGGCGCGGCUCGGCCAUGGCUCCGAGGAGGGACUCGGUGUGGAAGUACUGCUGGGGACUCUUGAUGGUUUUGUGCAGAACUGCCAUCUCCAGGUCGAUAGUUUUAGAGCCCAUCUAUUGGAAUUCCUCCAACUCCAAAUUCCUACCUGGACAAGGACUGGUACUAUACCCACAGAUAGGCGACAAAUUGGAUAUUAUUUGCCCCAAAGUGGACUCUAAGACUGUUGGCCAGUAUGAAUAUUAUAAAGUUUAUAUGGUUGAUAAGGACCAAGCAGACAGAUGCACUGUUAAGAAGGAAAACACGCCCCUCCUCAACUGUGCCAAGCCAGACCAAGACGUAAAAUUCACUAUCAAGUUUCAAGAAUUCAGCCCUAACCUCUGGGGUCUAGAAUUUCAGAAGAACAGAGAUUAUUACAUUAUAUCUACAUCAAAUGGGUCUUUGGAGGGCCUGGAUAACCAGGAGGGAGGGGUGUGCCUGACACGAGCCAUGAAGAUCCUCAUGAAGGUUGGACAAGAUGCCAGUUCCGCCGGCUCGGCCAGGAGCAACGACCCCACCCGGCGCCCGGAGCUGGAGGCUGGCACCAACGGGAGGAGCUCGACCACGAGUCCCUUCGUCAAACCAAAUCCAGGUUCCAGCACGGACGGCAGCAGCGCCGGGCGCUCGGGGCACAGCCUGCUCGGUUCCGAAGUGGCCUUAUUCGCCGGCAUCGCGUCGGGCUGCAUCAUCUUCCUCGUCAUCAUCGUCACGCUGGUGGUGCUGCUGCUCAAGUACCGGCGGCGGCAGCGCAAGCACUCGCCGCAGCACACGGCCGCGCUGUCGCUGAGCACGCUGGCCACGCCCAAGCGCGGCGGCGGCGGCGGCAACACGGGCUCGGAGCCCAGCGACAUCAUCAUCCCGCUGCGCACGGCCGACAGCGUCUUCUGCCCGCACUACGAGAAGGUCAGCGGCGACUACGGGCACCCGGUGUACAUCGUGCAGGAGAUGCCGCCCCAGAGCCCCGCCAACAUCUACUACAAGGUCUGAGGGCGGCCGGACCCGGACACCCACGCCCCCCGGCCGCCGCCCCGCGGCCCCCUCGCACCCAGGACGCCCGGGUGGGGGACGCCGAGACGGAGCCGGACAGGGAGAGCCGGGGCACCCCCUGCACCCGGACCCGCGCCCGCCCGGCGCCGCCCCCGGCCACCCACCCCGGGGCCUCCCGGGAGGCCGCAGGAGGGCAGGGGUGCGGGGGCCAGAGUCGCUCCACCCCACACACGUUGCCGUCGGCCUCUUCUGAACCGGAAGGACGGGGCCCCCCCCGGAGGCACAGCACUUUGGUUCUGCGGAGAGGCGGGGAGGGAAGGGCCCUCCCCACGCAGGGUGGGUGGGGGGCGUGGGAGGAAUCCGCGUGGUCGUGGUCGUCGUUGAAGGGGUGGGGGAGACGGUCGUCCCCCCUGACCCCGUGCAGGGCCUUGCUGGGGGUAGGGAGGGGCUGGGCUGGGGGGGGCGGGGGUCUGGGGUGGGUCCCACCCGCAGGGCACCCCCUCCCCACCGGGCAGGACGCUGCGGUACUGGCAAUAAGAUGUACAGCCCCAACGCUGGGGGGGGUCUGCUUGGGGCGGGCGUGCAGACUCAGCUGCUAAACUCACCACGAGAACACAGGGAAAGCCGGGAGGGACCCAGGUCACGGGGCUCAGCGACCCCCUCCUCACCUCUGGGAGGAAGCCAGAGCCCCCCUCCCCCACGCCCCUCCUCCUUAGAGCCUUAGACAGCCGGUUGAUGGGCCGGAGGGCCGUGCCCGAGGGUCAGCCUGGACCCGCCACCUCCAGGAGCCCCGAGUGAGCCCCGAGAGAGCAGGGCUGGAGUGUGGCGGGCAGAUGGAGCCCUGGGGCGUACUCGAGAGCAGUAAGAGACAGAGAGCCCGAGGGCCGGGGAGGGACGGCUCAGUGGUCCCCCCGGUGAGAUUGCACACAGGACACACCAGAAGAUGUGAGACUCACAUGUCGUGUAUUUCCUGCCCCCUCGGCCCAGCUCCCCGCUCAGAAUAACAACAAUAAUCGUAACGGAGUGAGACUCGGACAGCUGGCUCUCCAAACGUACCAACAGUGAGCGGGCGCGGAGAGGGCAACUGCUCUGGAGACAGCCCCUGGGCCCGUCUCCACCCGCCUCUGCAUCUUCUCCACCUCGGCGGGCGGAGGUCCCGGCUGUGUUUCCCCCCCUCCCCGCCUCGCCCCCCCCACCCCUCCUCCACUGCAGGCUCAAGUGUUCACUGGGUUCCUCCCCCCACCCCCAGUCACACCCCGGGGGGUUCAGCCCAAGCCGUCCAGGCACCUCCACUCGCCCCCGCCCUGUCUCCACGCCCCUCACCUCACCUCCCUCUGGGGAAACAAACAAACAAACAAAAAGAGUAAACAGGAAACCUACUUUUUAUGUGCUAUGCAAAAGAGACAUCUUGAACAUCGUCCUGUUACUAUGGUAACACUUUGCUUUCUGAAUCGGGAGGAAAGAAAACUGUAGCAACAGCAUCUGAAAAGGUUCUGUGACCUCCGGCGGGACCGACAGAGAUGGGUUGUCAGAGGAAAGCUGCUUCUCUCUCUCUCUCUCCCCGGAACCUGGGGUGCUGUUGGUCCCAAAGUGCGUGUGUGUCUGUGUGCGUGGGUGUGCGGUAGAUGUGUACAAUUAUGUAUAAUAUAUAUCGACCAUAUAUAUUAUAUAUCUCUCUCUCUCUCCCCUGUCGCCUUGGGGACCGGCCGCGGGCCCCGUGGAAUCCUCUCCGGCAGCCCGCCCCCCUCCUGUGAGCUCAUAGCCGAUCUUGUUAAGCCAUCCCGAGAAUGCCCGUCUAGGCUGGGGGAGAGGGCUGGGGCGUGGGGAGACGGGAGAUGGUCUGAUUUCCCUGGGAUCAAGUGUCUGUCUCACCAGUCGGCUUCUUUCUGGGCACAUUUGGGCUAAACUGUGAAAAAAAAUCAGAUGAAUUGCUGAAGCGUCACCCGCGACCAGUGGGAAAGUGUUCUGUGCGUCUGUUUUGUGUCUGGUGCAGAAGAUGACAAUCCACCAACUGUCCCUUUCUUUGAAGUUGGUUCAGCUUUGGAAAGUUACUGUAAAUGCCUUGCUUGUAUUAUCGUCCCUAGUCACCCGACUUUGGAAUUUGCACCAUAAUGUUUAAGUGAAGAUGCUGUAAAUAGGUUCAGAUUUUACUGUAUAUGGAUUUGGGGUGUUACAGUAGCCUUAUUCACCUUUUUAAUAAAAAAAAAUACACAUGAAAACAAGACAGAAAUGGCUUUUCUUACCCAGAUUGUGUACAUAGAGCAAUGUUGGUUUUUUAUAAAGUCUAAGCGAGAUGUUUUGUAUAAAAUCUGAAUUUUGCAAUGUAUUUAGCUACAGCUUGUUAUCCGGCAGCGUCAUCCCUCCUUUGCACUGUAAUGAGAAAAAAAAAAUGGUAUAAAAGGUUGCCAAAUUGCUGCAUAUUUGUGCCGUAAUUAUGUACCAUGAAUAUUUAUUUAAAAUUUCGUUGUCCAAUUUGUAAGUAACACAGUAUUAUGCUUGAGUUAUAAAUAUUUUUUUCUUCCUUUGUUUUAUUUUAAUGGCCUGUCAUAGGUUUUCAAUCUGCUUUCGUUCCACAUUACAGUCAGCCCCCAGAAAAAGACGAAAUCCAUCAAGUCACAUUCCACAUCUGUUUCAAACUGAAUUUGUUCUUAAAAAAAUAAAAUAUUUUUUUCCUAUGGAAAAA